CCCGCCCCGCCCCGCGCUGCCAUGGCGGCAGCCCCGCCGUUCUCCAAGGCCGAGUAUCUGAAGCGUUACCUGUCCCGCACAGAUGCCGGCGUCCCCGGGGCUUCCGAGUCCACUGCCAAGCGUCGCAAAAAGCGGCCUAAGCCUGGCGCUGCGGGCGGCAAGGGAAUGCGGAUUGUGGAUGAUGACGUGAGCUGGACAUCUGUCUCCACUGCUAACCCAGGACAGGAGGAAGAGGAAGAAGAUGGAGAUUUGCCUGUGGUGGCUGAAUUUGUGGAUGAACGACCAGAAGAGGUAAAGCAGAUGGAAACCUUUCGUUCCAGUGCCAAAUGGAAGCUUCUGGGAGGCCACAGUGAGGAUCUAACUUCACACAGACAUUUCCAUCAUGACUCCGCGGAUUCAUCUCCUUCUAGAAGGGUCUGUCAUGACACCCCAGAUCCUUCUCCGCCUAGGAGGGCCCGUCAUGACACCCCAGAUUCUUCUCCGCCCAGGAGGUCCCGUCAUGAUUCACCGGAUGCCUCUCCUCUCAGGAAGCAUUAUCGUCCUUCAGGUGUAUCUCCUAGGAGGGUCCGGCAUGACACCCCAGAUCCAUCUCCUUCUAGGAGGGCCCGGCAUGAUACCCCAGAUCCAUCUCCUCCUAGGAGGGCCCGGCAUGAUACCCCAGAUCCAUCUCCUCCUAGGAGGGCCCAUCACAGUUCCUCGGAUAUCUCUCCCAGUAGAAGGGCCCAUGACAGCUCCCCUGAGACAUCUCAACCCAGAAGGACUCAUAACUCCUCGGACACAUCACAGCUCAGGAGGGCCCGCCAUGACUCUCCUGAUUCACUGCCCAGAACCAAAAGCAGUAAAGCCCCAGAAAGAGCCUCUAGCAAAACUUCUCCACAUCGGAAGAGGCCAGGACCCUCUCAUCCCUCAGUCCCGAAGAACAGCAAGUAUGAAUGUGACUCGGACCUUUCUCCUCCACGAAAAAAGCAAGCAAAAUUCCAUUUUGGAAAUAAAGAGCAUGAUUCUAAAAGCUCUUCACCCAACCAUAGGAAAUUUCAUACAAGUUCUUCACCUAGAAGAUAUCACAGUCACACGUUGGACUCUUCUUCCUACCCAGGUGUCAGUCGGAAAGUCUCUGAUUCAGAUCUUUCUCCUCCACGGAAGAAACAAAGUUCAGGGCACCAGGAUUCUGAUUCGGAUCUCUCACCUCCACGGAAUAGACCUAGACACCAGGGCUCUGAUUCCGACCUGUCUCCACCUAGGAGGAGACAGAGGGCCAAAUCCCCUGAUUCCGACCUCUCUCCACCAAGGAGGAGACAGAGGGCCAAAUCCUCUGAUUCCGACCUCUCUCCACCAAGGAGGAGACAGAGGGCCAAAUCCUCUGAUUCUGACCUGUCUCCACCUCGAAGGACUCAGCCUGUGGGAAAGAAGGCGGCACACAUGUAUUCUGGGGCUAAAACUGGGUUGGUGGUAACGGACAUACAGCGAGAACAGCAGGAACUCAAGAAACAGGACAAGGAAGCCUUGGCAUUUGAAGCUGAAUUCCAACAUGCUGAAACCGUAUUUCGAGAUAAGUCUGGUCGUAAGAGGAAUUUGAAACUGGAACGUUUAGAGCAAAGGAAAAAAGCAGAGGAGGACUCGGAGAGAAAUGAGCUGUAUGCCCAGUGGGGAAAAGGGCUUGUCCAGAGUCGGCAGCAGCAACAAAACGUGGAGGAUGCAAUAAAGGAAAUGCAAAAGCCUCUGGCCCGCUAUAUUGAUGACGAAGAUCUGGAUCGGAUGCUGAGAGAACAAGAACGAGAGGGGGACCCCAUGGCCAACUUUAUCAAGAGGAACAAGGCCAAGGAGAGCAAGAAUAAGAAAGAGAGACCUCGCUACAGUGGCCCAGCGCCUCCUCCCAACAGAUUCAAUAUCUGGCCUGGAUAUCGCUGGGAUGGAGUGGACAGAUCCAAUGGAUUUGAACAGAAGCGCUUUGCCAGGCUUGCCAGCAAGAAGGCGGUGGAGGAACUUGCCUACAAGUGGAGUGUUGAAGAUAUGUAACUUUUCUGAGGCUGUGGGGGCGGCUGUGGGUUGUGGCAGUGGACAUAGGGCAGCCAGGUGUCCAGCUGUAACAGCUGUGUAUGCUAAUAAUCAGCGCCCACACAUACCAGCAACUCUUUGAAUGCUAGUUUUGACCACUUGAGAAGAAGAAUAUUGGAGACCUGCUGUCUGGACUGAGGCACUGUAACUUCUCAGGUGUGCCAACCCUGGCGGUUGUUCCUGGCUUUCAGAAGAAACAUUGAUUUCUCAGUGUCCCAAGGUUUGUUCUUGGUUAGGUUUUUUAAUAAACAUACAUUUAUUUUUCUAAAA